AUGGGUGAUCUUACUUACUACAAACGCCAUCACUCCUCAUUAGCAUUAACUGUCAUACUAAUUUCGUUAUCAUUGAUGUGUCACCAUGGAAUCCACGUGGUGGCGCGUCAUCUCAUCGAAACAAGCCUUUCGAAAGAUUACCCUGAAGUUCCUGAUACUGAGGUACCUGAUGAUCCUGUUGAUGAGAACCCUGCUCCUGUUGUACCUGAUGAUCCUGUAGAUGAGAACCCUGCUCCUGUUUUACCUGAUGAUCCUGUUGAUGAGAACCCUGCUCCUGUUUUACCACAAAAUCCUUUUUUGCCUCAGCCUGAUUACCCAGAAGUUCCUGGAGAUCUGCCUGAACAAAUGUCGUCGUCUCCUGAGUUACCAUUGCCCACGUUUCCUACAAUCUCAACUCAGGCCAUGACUGCUAAACCUUAG